UAUUUUAUUUUCAUUUUAUCCUCUCUCGUUCUUUGCGUGGCCCUGCAAUGGCUGCCUCCUUCUCCCUCGCUCCUUCCCAAAUCUUCCUCUCCCAUCGCCAUCUUUCUUCUCCGUCUCCGAAGUCACUCCACAAAUCCAUCCUUCUAUCCUCUUCCUCUUCCUCUUCUUCAUCGUUCACAGAAGCAGCUACAAAUCCGAUCCUCUCAGAGGGAGUAGCAGAACCGGCGGCGGCGGGGGCUGUUGCAGAGCAAGAAGAGAGCUCCAAAACACUACUAGAUCCAGUCACAGAGGACCCUCUAUUCAAGGGGUGCAAGACCUGCGGGAGAGAGGUAAUCGAGAAGGGUUGCAACGGCGAGGGCCGAAUUCAAGGCGGGAUCGCAACCGUCCCAGGCUUUGGCUGGUGGCCGAUAAAAGCCUUUAGGCCUUGCCCGGGGUUUGUAGCAACUGGUGGGAGGUACACAAGGAAAGGGCAAAGCAUGGACGAGGUUGCAUUUGGCAGGGACGGAAGAGAUACGCCCGCCAAAUCAAGGUACAAACUUACUUUACUGAUGUUUAUCUUAUUUCUAGCUAAUACAGGAAGAAAAAAAAAAUUGCUCCUCUCCUUAUUUGGAGUAUCACUUCUCUAG